UUGACGAACCUUGAGGUUCAAAUCGAAUGGAGAGUUUAGAAUUAACAGUGUUCUAAUCAAGUUGUUCUAAUCAGUUUUUGUGUCAGUAAAAUGAACAAACAAACGUUAGAUUCGAGCGUAAAAGGUGUCAGCACUGGGACCACCAUAUUAGCUGUCAAGUUCAAUGGAGGUGUCAUCAUUGGCUCUGACUCCAGGGCAUCUAUGGGAGGGUCAUAUGUGUCUUCAAAAACCAUCAACAAGCUUAUCCAGGUCCAUGACAGGGUUUUCUGCUGUAUUGCCGGAUCCUUAGCAGAUGCACAGGCAGUUACCAAAAUGGCGAAGUUCCAGCUGUCUUUUCACAGUGUGCAGAUGGAGUCUCCUCCUCUGGUGAUGGCUGCUGCCUCGGUCAUGAAGGAGCUCUGCUACAGCAACAAGGACGAACUCCAGGCCGGCUUCAUCACCGCAGGCUGGGACAGGAAGAAGGGCCCACAGGUGUACACUGUGUCGCUGGGUGGGAUGCUCCUUAGUCAGCCCUUCACUAUCGGGGGGUCGGGGAGCACCUACAUCUAUGGCUACGUGGACGCCAAAUACAAGCCAGACAUGAGCCGAGAAGAGUGCUUACAGUUUGCCACCAAUGCAAUUGCUCUGGCCAUAGGAAGGGACAAUGUGAGUGGUGGAGUGGUACACCUGGUUGUGAUCACUGAAGAUGAAGUCGAACAUGUGGUCAUUCCUGGAGACAAGCUUCCCAAAUUCCAUGAUGAAUAGAUAUAGAAUCUUGGUGCAAGAAUUUCCCUACAUUCAGUUCAGAUUUAUCAUUGAGUAACACCACAGAAUUGGUGUUGUACAUACAUAUUUUAUUG